AAUUUGAUGUCAAAUUAUGAAAAUGCUUGUGAAGUUUUGUAGUAUGUGGUGAAAUGUUAUGAAUGCAAAAAUUGUCUGUAUUCUUUACUUUAAAAAUAUUUUAGAUUUUACUGUAAUCUCUUUCUUGACAUAAAACAGGAUUUUUGGAAUGAUAUAUAGAUAUUUUUCUUAAGUUUAAAACAAUGUGAAUGUGAGCAAUGGGGAAAAUAUUUUACACACACAAAAAAACAUUUUGCAUCCAAGUGUUUCUAAAUGUUUGUCUUCUAUGAGAUUUAUUCAUUAUUAUUAUUUUUUCAUUAUUUUUUUUAAUUAUCUCUGACCCCUCCGUGCUUUUGAGGUCAGAGCAGAAAGUUACUGCAGUCCACCUGAAGGAAGUUUCCAGAGCUCGUUUUGUUUAUAGUAAGCUGAGAUCUUGUGCGUGUUUCAUAUUUCGGACGCAGCAUUAAAAUAUGAUAUUAAUGAACCAAACUGUGAGAUAAUGUGAGGCAGUAAUGUAUUCUAAGUCUUGGGAUUCUGGAGGAGCUCUUGUCUCCCUGCUGCGGUCAGACCGCAGAGGAAGCGCCUCUGGUCGGCCGGUGACUCAUCCAGCUGCCCCGCAGGCAUAAAGCUUCAGGUAUUUGCCUCCUUUGAGCAACAGCUGGGAGUGGCUAACAGGACUCUAUAAAAGCAGGAGUUGCGCUCAGUUUAAGACAUAUCUGACUUACUGACAACAGCGAGAGAAAACCUGGAGAACAUGUACGCACGCUCAGACAGCAUGACCGUGACUCUACCGCAGGAGAGGUUCGCCUUCCCCAGUACGGCGACCCGCAGCACGGAGCCGGAGGUCUUCACCUUCGAGCGCGUUCCGUCUCCAGCCACCGCCGUCAGCUCCUACGUCCCGGUCCGGCCGAGGAGGCGCGCCAUGCGGGUCAUGUACCCCGCCAAGGUCCGCAUGCACUUGCCUCCACCCGAGAAGAGCCAGGCGAAGCGCUGGCUGGUCGUCCUGUGCCUGGUGGUGCUGUGGCAGAUCUACACCGAGGAGCCCUGCAUGGACGCGCCGCUCUCCAGCGCGGAGAGCUCCGUCAGCGACUACCAGAGUUUCCCCUUCCAGUCUGCGGAGCAACAGGCUGCUGAGCUCCCGGACUUCAGCGCCCCCUCGCCGGGCGGCUGUGAGGAAAGCGCGUCUCCGGAGCAGAUCAUCCCGAGCGCGGCGUGCCUGAAGCCGACGCAGGAGACGGACACGUUCGAGCAGAGCGCAGGGAAGAGCUACGUGGUGGCCCUGCUGGUCUAUCACCGGCUGGGCAACGACAACUGACGCCACCGACCCGAUGUCACCCACAAAGCGCCCAAAGACUGGGCCCAAACAGAACCGAGCUGGAGCGGAUUCUGAGAAGCUCCGGAGCGCAGCGGCGCGCCCUGCGCGGCCCGGGAGGGAGCUGCAGGAGCGGCUUCAGCAGACUCUCCUCAGCGGAGGAGAAGAAAUGAGAGGAAGAUGAAACUGUGAACACUAAGAGACUGAAACUUGAUGAACCUGAACACUUGAGAGACUUCAAAUGCACUUGUGGAACUUUUGUCUUACAAACUGUAUUAUUAUUUUCUAGAAAAUCGUACAAAUGUCACUUAUGUAGGCAAAGAAAUGCCUGAACUGACACUGUUAUUUCAAUACCUUGUUAUUUAUUUUAUUUGCUAUU